AUGCACAUCACGGACUACACAUCACUUUCGCAGUCUCAGAACCAACCGGGUUCCACUAGAAACUGCGGGGAUGAGUUUCUAGCGCUGCUUUGGAGUUAUGACCGGCAUCACAGCGGUCGUUGCUUUCGGGUCCACGGCCGCCUCGACCCAGCAGGAAGACGCUUUCGCUGCCGGCACUUGGGCGCCAUCCACUUGACGCCGGUAUACUCGCUCACGGCUGCUCACGGCUCACGCAACACUUCCUGCCGAGAAGCACAGGAAGCAGAAUUCCCGCCAUCGCAGUGUCAAGUGCCAAGCAUCGACCGCUGAUAAACCAUUGUGACCUUCACGCGGCCAAACACCCCGAUGGACCGGCGCUACCACGGUGUGCGACAUUUGGAAACACGAGCAGGGGCUUUUGAAGAGGCUGACGUUUGAAGACUUGUGCUCACCGCAACUUCUUGAGAUGAGCGGAGGCGCAGCGGAGGCGAGUGCGCAGCACCCGUUCCUGCGAGGGCUGCCGGAGGAGCAGCGGCCCAGCGGCUGGGAGGAGGGCGUCGCUAGCGUGCGCCAGUGGGUGGCCACGCGCCCGCACCUGCCGCCCAUCUCAGAUGACUUCUUGCUGCUGUUCCUGCACAGCUGCUACAUGGACGUGGCGCGCGCUCAGAGCACCAUCGAGAGCUACUUCACGUGCAAGAGCCGCUGGCCGGAGCUGUUCGGCAACCGCGACCCGCUCGCGCCGGAGCUGCAGAAGGUGCUCGACUCGACGAACAUGGUGCCUCUGCCCGAGCGCACCCCCGAGGGCUACCACGUGCUGCUGUACCGCAUGGUGGAGACGGACCCGUCCAAGCUGCACUUCGUGACGGCCAUGCGCAUGUUCUUCGUGUUCAACGACGCCGUGCUGUCGGACGACGGGCUGGCGCCGGGCUACGUGGUGGUGUUCGACAUGGCUGGCGUCUCGUGGGGACACCUGGCGCGCGUCAGCCUGCCCGCCAUCCGCAAGUUCAUGAUCUACAUCCAGGACUGCCACCCCGCACGCCUGAAGGGCGUGCACGUGAUCAACACGGUGGCCUUCAUCGACCGCAUCCUGGGCCUCAUCAAGCCGCUCAUCAAAAGCGAUCUCCUCGCCAUGGUUCACUUCCACGGCCCCGUGGAGUCCUUGGACCGCUUCCUGCCGCUGAGACUGUUGCCUGAAGACUAUGGUGGCGAAGCGGAAUCUGCGCAGACCUUACACGAUGCAAUGCGCAUGCGCCUGGAGAAGGAGUACCGCGAGUGGUUCAUCGCGGAGGAGAAGCUGCGCGUGGACUUCAGCAAGCGCCCGCCCAAGAACAACAAGGCGAACACCAAAGCGCGCCCGCCCAAGGGGGUGGUGCCUCCGCGACCCCCUGCGCCCGAGCAAGGGCCCCCGGCGCUCGACGAGCAGCUGGGCGCCACCGCCAGCGACUUCCGACACCUCGCCAUCGACUGAUUCCGGGGUUGCCAGGUUGGCGAGAUUUGUCCCCUAAAUGGGGAGUUUUGUCGAUGUGGGGAAAGAUUGGGGGACAUAAAUAGGCAGGGAAAUGUUUGGGGAAUUUUGUGGGGAAAUUAUUUUCAUCCGGACUCGAGAUAGAACUAUUGUUCUUUGAAUUACUAUGAUUAAAAAAAGGCAAUAGAUGUUAUUCUCUCUGUAUUUUAUGUAUUAAAAAGAAACAAAUGAACGAUAGGCAAGAGAAACAAAGCCUGAAAAAACGAAGAUAAAGGGUUUCAAAUAGCUCAAAAGACGUAAAUUAUUUGAUUUGAAUAAUUUGAAUUUCAGGGAAUAGCCAAUACAAUCGUCAUGGUCAGCUCAUAAAGUUGGUCCAUAAGUUGGAGAAUAUUUUUCAUUUCAAAGAUAGAGAAUUGGUUUCGCUAGAGAGUUUAUUUGAAGAAAUUCCGUAGUAGUAAUGAGGAAAGAGCUCGCAACACAUCUGGCAACCCUGACAUCCCCCACCAUCACCCCUACCCCCUCCCACGUUUGUGGCAUAGCUUUUGCAUGAGCCUCCGGGAGCAGUCAUGUACCACAACGAUCUUUUUCUUUAAAAAAUGUAAAAAAAAUUGGGAAGUGUAUAGUCGCCGAUACUCCGCAUUAAAAACAGAAAGAGAAAACUAAAUGUUAAAUGUAAGAAGUGGUUAGUUUUCAUCAGGUUAGAGAAAUACGUUAUCCAAUCUCAUAGGGUAUUUAUUUUUGAAAAAAGAGGGAAGCGAAAUACACAGUUAUGAGUGGUAUAUUAUGUAUCAAAAGGUUUAAAGAAGAAAACGUCCCUUUGUAACCAGUAAUUAUUUUGCAAAUGCUGAUGCAACGUUUUGAUUCAUCUUUUAAAUGUUACAUUAAUCUCCGCUUGAAAGCCAGAACAAGCGUGUAACGGAACGGAACAGUAUAUUUACACAUUAAAUUUGAUUGAACGAUUCCGCUGUUUCUACCUCUGCAAGCUACAUAACCGCCACUGACUUCUUUGCCAAAACUCUACUUCUACCACUGCACAGCCGCCAAAACCCUGUAGUGGCUUCGCAAGAGCCCAUUGGGUUACUUCAAAUGUCACUACCACAAUUCCCGAUUCUUAUUCCCAACGAUUUCCACUGCAUUAUCGUAGCUUGUUUAACAGAAAAUUGUAUUUUCUUCUUACACGUGUUGACUUACACGUGUACCUACAAGCCGUGUCAUUCAUUUAUUAGAUAUACCACACACAUUUCGUAAAUUCAUCUUUGUUUCCAAUUUUCCCUUUUCAUAAUUCCUUUCUGUGCUUCUCAUAAAAUUUCACAAGAUAUUAUUUCCCCCUUAUUUCCUCCUCAGAAGGAAGUAAUCCCCAAUAAUUUGUACGAGACUAACAUUUCCACUUGUGUAAAUGACUUUCUGAUCAAAACAAUACCGUUUUAAAUGUAUUUCAUAUGUUGAUAUUGAAAUAUUCAUUGGAACCUAUGAGAGAAAUGGUUUUGUAAUUGGUGUUAUAUACUUAAAUUAAUUAACUAAUUGAUUGGAACUUAAUGAAUAGUUAUUUUCUCAGGCAUUAUUGUUUAUUAGUUUUUGGUGCUUUUCAAAAAACAUUCUGUUGAAAAAAGUUAUAAUGUGCAGUCGUAUAAUACAUAACACAAUUUACAAUUUUUAUUCUGAUUUUAUUAAAAUAGACACUUGUGUGUAGAAUUUUGGAUAAGUACAUUUUCCUAUUUCUAGUUUGUUGUCUAAAUGUUUUUUAACUAUGAUGUUAUGAUUUCCUCCAAAAGAGCUCUGAAAGUUCAUAUAAUCAAUUAUUACAUUAUACAUUUUAGUAUUAAUAUUAAAUUUGGAAAUAAUUAAAAAUAUUAUGUAAACACAUCAAAUUACUAGUACCACGUACUUUAUAUUACUCGUGUAAUUAUAUAUUUGUCAUAAAUUAACAUUAUUAAGUGUUAUAUUUCAUGAGUAACUGUUACAUUUUUAGUGAAUUAUAUUUAUGUUAUUCCGAAUACUAUAUUUAAAUAAGUGGAGUCUUUAAGUUCUCACAUUAUUGGAUUAUUGAACAUUUAUAGCCCUCUCAUAUGUGCUUUAUUACUUUUGUAUGUGCGUGUGUGAGUGAUUAUUUUUUUACAUCCAUUAAAAGUGAGAAAAUGUGUAUUGUGGGAUUCCAUUGAUAGUACGUAGUGAGUAUGAAAAUGAAGUCAUUUACAAAUGAUAAACUAUUCGCAUAUGUCCAAGUGAGGUACGAGGUAUAUAGCUUUAAUGUUAGCUAGAUAUUUAAAGACAUGUACAACAUUUAUAAAGGGUCUCAAAACAGAAUAUGCGUUAUGUAUAACCCGAAUUUAAGUGAAUAAUUUACAUUAAUUUACAUUUUUAUUGGUAUAUCAUGAAUAAUUAAUAUUGUACUUGAAAACUAAUGUCCCCAUUUAUUAAAAAGUCUAUUUUAAAAUUAGAAACCCAAUAAUCAUAGUUUCGAUCGAAAUCUAAUAUAAGCCAGUGUCAAAUAAUAGAAAAGAUUACAUUUAUCUUGUACUGUUAAGUAUUAAAGGUAUUUCGAAAAUUGAUGCAAGACCUCAUUUAAUGAAAUAAUAGAAAACACAUCAAGAAGUAUGAUAUAAACACCUAUAGAUAAAAAUCAAUAUUUUUUGCUACAAACAUAAGAUGAACAAUUUUGUACAGUAUUUAUAUUAUUAUUAUCAACACGAUAUUUACCAUAAUGUGCUUAUAAAGAUUUAAUUAGUAAGGUCGGGGGAAUCGUGGGUAAAGUUUAAAAAUACUUCGUACUAGUGUUACUAAACUUUCCGGUACAAUGAUAUUGAUACCAAAGCUCCUGGUUGUAGAUCAGAUCAGAUCAGAGUAUUAGUUUAUUUGUUAUUCUAUAACCAGUGUUUGAAGAAAUAUUAAAUAGAUAACGACUGUAUUCUAGGGAUAGCAGAUUUUAAAUACAUCGUAUUUCAAUCUUGUUGAAACAAUCAUUUAUAUUAUAUUUUGAAAAACGAAUUUCGCAUUCUCCUCAUUUAUCAUUGUUUGAUGUGUGCAUCUAAGAAGAUUAGAUCGUUCUAAUGUGAUAUGCAAGCAGAUGCAGAUUGCUUGCUGCUCAAUAGUUGAGCUGUGCUGAUUUUGUACAACGUUUUAUCUAUUUACACUUAUGCUCAUUAUUACUAUUAUAUAUUCUUAAUAAAAACAAAUUGUAUAGUAAAAUAA